CAGCUGGUGGUGUUGGUGGUCAAAGCGCCCGCCAUCUUAAGGGAAGUGACAAAGGUGGUGUGGCGGUCCUGUCCUCCUCUCCACCCCUGCCAUGGCCAUUUUCUAGCCGCCCUACCGUCACCCAGGCCGCGGCGACCUAGGCACAAUGACAGGGGAAGAGGGUGGUGGUGGGUCUGGGGUGAGUGUGUCGGCCAUGUGCCUGGUGUGUGGCACCAACCAGGCCAACCUCACCCAGCACCUGUCCCUUCACACCAAGGAGGAGAUCAUCCGGGCCGUCACCCAUGGCCGACCACUGCCUGAGCUGGCCACCCGGAGGCCAGGGCCAGGCCGUCCCCGGAAGAUAGCCAUCCCACCAACUCCCCUGGCCACUGUGGCCCCUCUCUCCCUGCGCCCGCCCACGAGCCAGCCACAGCUGCUGCUCACCGGCAGCCAGGCCCAGCAGGCUCCUGUGACAGCUACUAUGGCUCCCACACCCCAGGUUGCCCCGGCACCACAGCCAGCAGCCUCGCAGCCUGUCAGGCUGAGCUCCAUUGGACCCUUGAUCCAGCCACCCCGAAAUGCCAUGCCAUUGACCCCCAACUCAGUGCAACCCAACACUCCAGCUCCUGCAGGGAACUACCUCCUCAUAGGGAACAACAUGUUUCCAGCAGGCAGUGUGAUAUCCAAUAACCUUCAGCUGGGGAGUAGUGGGGUGAGCUACAUUAUCCCAAGCUCAGGGGGUCUUGUGCUGGCUGCAACUGCCCCCCCUACUAGCCAAACUCUGUUGGUGCAGCCCCCUAGCACAGCUCCCCCACCUCCCAUGCAGGUGAAGCAACCCCCUCCUGCUGCCCCCCCUAUGGCUACAUUGCCUGGUGGCAUCUACAAUGGUGUGACCUGUAGGCCACCUCGACCCAUGCAGUCCGAUGGCCCCCUAUGCAUGUUUGAGGGGCCAGCUGCCCCAGUACAAAAUGAGGCCCACACACCAACCACAGAUGCCAUGUGGCAGAAGCCAGCAGGAGUUGGCAUCUCUCAGCCAGUGGAUGGCAGCAACCCCCUGCGAAUGAAGGGUGAGGGAGAGCCGCCAUCCCACCGAGCCACCAUAAACAUUGGUAAGAACAUCAGCAUCUCCCUGCCCCGGGAGCUGGUGGGCCAGAGGGAGAAGCUCAAGGACAUCAUCAAUCAGGAGCUGGUCCGAGCCCUGCUGAUGAACGAGGCCAAGAAGGGCCGUGCUCCCGACGGCGGCCAGCCCUCCACCAGCACCUCCACCAGGAAGACCCUCUACUUCCCUGCCAAGAUGGAGGAUGAGGAGGUGGUAACUGUGGGUCAGGAAUUCUGCCAGGAAGACAAUGGCAUGGUGAUGGAUGAAGAUGACCAGUACUGUGAGGAGGAGGACCCCCUGGCCUCUGACCCACUCUCAGGCACACCUCACUCUGGAGGAAGCCCUGUUGGAUCACUUGGCAACUCCAAUGUCUCCUCUCCAGGCAGCAGCAUCACUGUUGAACCCACCCUGAAUGGAAGCUUCAUCACCCCUGAUGGCAUGACCACCUACCGUACUGAGGGGCCCAUGGAUGUGGUUUUCAAUGAGCGGAACCACUGCGGCCAGCCCUCGGCUGGACCUGGGCCCUCCCUUGUUGUGGCCCACAGUAAUGAAGGCUGCGAGAGGGGCGGUGCCAGACAACAUUUCCUGGUGAGUAGUGGGCACGAGGUGGGGGAAGAGGUCUGUCAAGGGAGGCCAGACAAGCGGAGUGAUGCAGCUGAACCAGAAACUUUGCCAAACGGCAGCAUCUCUGGAAAUCAGGGUGAGUUAGGUCAGGCUGCAGCAACUCCAAUCACCACAUCAGCUGUGAGCCAUCCUGUGAAGAGGGAUCAGGCUGGAGAGGGAGAGGAACAGCCCAUGAGUUUCUUGGCAGCAGAGCGGACCCUCAACAGUCUGCUAGGGGCGGCAGGUCUGCAGGAAAUGGUGUAUGUGGAGGAGCAGGUGCUUGGGGCUGUUGAGGAAGUCUUCUCUGGAGGUCCUUCUGUCUCCACUGCCACAGCCAUACCAAGUGCAAGUUCUUCAGACACCAGUGACCAGAAGGCACUGCAGCGGCGGCUGGGCCACUCCUAUGCUUCAGGCAUUGGGGAUCCUCUGUCACAGCUGCCAGCAACCUCCUACAGGGACAACACUCAGGACAAGGAGCAGCAGGAUGUCAAGUGUAAAUAUGAAGUGUGUGGUGUGCAGAGCCAGCCGGCCUCCAGCGUGGGCCAGAUGGCGGCGGCAUCCGCGGCAUACGAGUCACAACACAAGGAUGGCACUCAGGGCAAGAAGCACGAGGUGAAGUGCAAGUAUGAGGUGGGUGGUUCUUCUGGCCAGUUGAGCUCCAGCGUGGAUCAUGUGGCCACAGGAACAGCUGCAGGGUACGAGUCACACGCCAGCCACCACCAGCAGCAGCACCAGCAUCAGCAGGGUACUUUAGACCUGGCCAGCAGCCACUCCAUCAGCAGCAAGGAGGAGAUAAUGAUGCAGGAGGAGAUGGAUGAGGAGGAGGAGGAGCUGGUGGAUGACCCCAGCUUGGUGGUGGACAGCCUGGCUGGGGGCACCAUCUUCCCAGAUGACCAGAUGUUUGAACGGGAGAUGGGCGGCCAGCAGGGCGAGGAGGUGAUGUCACUCAAGGCAUCGGAGACCCUAGCUGACAGUGACAGUGAACGUGCCACUCCACACGAGGAACUCUCAGAACUGAUGUUCUAUGACCGGAGCUGCAUGUUUGCGGGGGAGCCCGGGCCAGCCAACCUGUCCCCCCGCACCUAUCCUGCCAUGGACUCCUCAGCCUACCACUCCCUUGCUCCAGCCAUGAUCUCUCCCAUGGACUCUUCUGUGCAGAUGGAGCGUACAGACUCAGGAACUCUGCCCAGCCUGGGGGAGGGCAGCUCAGGGAGUGGAGUGGUGGAGCUCACCUCAGAGACCACCAUGCACAUCACCUCCGACCAGUGCUGCACUGUCAUGCCGGCUGAGGGCAUGGUCAUCAGUCAGCUGUUCCCCGUGCCCUACAGUGAGGCAGCCACCACUCCAGUAUCAUCUGCCACAGCAACGGCAACCAGCAGCAAGGUGUCAUUCUCCGGUGUGAUAGAGGACUCAAAGCUGGAUAGCAAGAUCACAUUGUUGGAGAGCAGUUGCAGCAGCAGCAGCAGUAGCAGCAGCAGCAGCAGCAGCAGUAGCAGCAGCAGUAGCAGCGGCAACAUCAACAGUGGCUUCACCCGGCAGCCCUCUCCAGUCCCAUCCACCUCUGGGCUGCAGGGGCUGUCCAGCCAGAAGUCUGUGAAGGAGGAUGAAGACUACGAGCUUGAAUAUGAGUCUGACUGUUACGGAGACAGUGACUCUGACUCCGGGGUGGCCAACCGCAGCCCUCUGGACCUGGACCACUGGAAGUGCGUUGUGUGCAACAAGAUGUUCAAAAGCCUGAAAGAGAAGCUGCUACAUGCCGGGCAGCACUCCCCUUGUGCUGAAGCCAUGGAGAAGUCUGGUGCAAUCCGCAGCGCCACAGAGGCCAAGUCCCUGCAGGAUGAUGUCAAUCGGGAUGCCGUGGAGGAGGCGGCGGCUCUGGUCGUCCUUAAGUGCAAGGAAGAGAUGACUGCUCUCCAGGAGGAGACUCGCUCCAUGCUGGAAUCCUUCGUUUCAAAUGGAGAGUACAAAUGUCCUGAGUGCACCCUGUGCUUCCCCUCGGCAGAGAUGCUGUUUGAGCACCGCAAGGCAGUUUUCAAGUCGAGGGUGACCUGCCAGGUGUGCCACAUGGUUUUCAAGAAGCGGCAUGCCAAGAUAAAGCACAUGAAGACUCACACCGUGGACGACCUCAAGUGCCUCAUAUGCAACCGUACGUAUCCAAACCGCUACUCAUGGUCACAGCACCAGCUGUUCCACAUGGGGCUGGUGCUCUUUGAGUGUAAGGAAUGCGGCCGCAGGUUCCAGCGGAAGUCUGAGCUGGAGGUACACAUGCGCACUCACACGGGGGAGCGUCCCUACAGCUGUGCUUCCUGCAAGAGUGCCUUCACCACCCGGCAGGCACUCAAGCGGCACCUGGUGACCCACAUGGAUGGGCAGGAGGUGGACUGUGAUGUGUGCCACAAGACCUACAAGAACAUAGUGUGCCUCAACAAGCACCGCCUCAAGGCUCACUCCAAGAACAAGGGCAAGGCCAAAGUGCGGAGGGACUACAUGUGCUCCACCUGCAAUGAGGUGUUUCCCUCCUCCAAGAAGCUCGCCUGGCACCGAGAGACCCAUGAGCGCUGGCCCAAGAAAUGCCAGCACUGCGGUGAGUGCUUCGUGCACCAAUCCAGCCUUACCAAACACAUCCGGCACAAGCAUGACCCUCACCACCAGACGCCCGACGGCAAGACAGAGAACAACGCCACCUGUCCCGUCUGCCGCAAGGUGUUCAAGAAGUCGUCGCUGGUGCUGCACCUCCGCACUCACACCGGUGUCAAGCCCUUCCAGUGCAACAUCUGCAACAGGAGCUUUGCUGUCAAGUGCAACCUGGAAGCCCACAAGUGGGUCCACAUGGGUGUCCGGGACCGCCCCCACAAGUGCAGGUUGUGUGAGCGCAGCUUCCACCGUCAGAAGGACCUGGAUGCACACAUCCGCAGCCACAAGAACAUUCGACCCUUCACCUGCAAUGAGUGUGGUAAGUCCUUCAUUCACAAAAACAACCUGCAGCUACACGUGCGUGAGCAUUCGGGUGAAAAGCAGCACAAGUGCAUGUUUUGUGGGAAGGCUUUCUUCAGGAAAUACAACCUGGACAACCACGUCCGGAUCCACACAGGGGAGACGCCCUACGAGUGCACCAUCUGCCGCAAGGAUUUCACCCAGAAAAGCAAUUACAAUGUUCAUAUGAAGGCAUUCCACAUUGAGAGGCAUGCUGUUCAUGAAGAAUUAUAAAGUUAGGAGUAAUAAUUGUACAAAUAUCUAGUUGCUUUUUAUAAAUUUUUAUGGACAUGGAAAAAGGAAGAGAGCACCUUAGGGAAAGGCCAGGUUUUAAAUGAUUUAUUUUUCUAAAAAUGUAUGAUUUCAUUAGUCUUAAAAAUUAUGGCAUGGCAGAGAGUCACAGAGUGGAGUCAUUUAUCUGGAUGCUGAUGAAAGCGAGUUGGCUGAGAGAGUUUACACUGGAGAGAAAAAGUGAAUCUUGAAAAAUUUUGCAAGAAUCUAAAUUUUAAAAUGGACUCCAGCAGCAUGAGCAUCACAGACAUCUUAAGAAGUGUUUGGUGUUGACAGCUGCCACAGUAACCAGCACACAUCUGGUCGGCUUUGUUCCACAUUGAGGCCACACCAUACCAGUGCGUUUCUGAGAAGAGUCUUCACUCAGCGAUGGGGAAGAUCAUGACAACUCCAUGUUCCUUUCAGAGGCAGUGUGUCAGUGGAAUAAUGCAACUUUCCCAGACAUUGUAGGAAGCUGUAUAAUCAGAAAUAUCCAUAUGUGUAAGUGUUGGGUCUUCAUGUGUCACUGCCAUCUAUAAGCUACACAGCAAGGCACCUGCUUUCUCCCUGGUCUCGUGGCACAUUCACAGGCCUGGGCAGUAAGGUCUCCACAGCCGUGCUAAAUUUCUGAGUGGUGGUGUGAUGCUAUUAGUCUUUCACCAUUGGUAGACGUGCUGCUGCAAUGUGAAGGUUAUUCCUAGGAUCAUAAAGUUCCCGAAGAAUUUUUAAUUGUGUAUCAUGAUGGCAGAAUGUUCUGCUUCUUUUAAAAACUGCCCCAGAGUUUUACUUUAUUCAGUUGGUAUUCUGAUUUAGGGGCUAAAUUAGCUGCCUGCUUUAAUUUAUAUACAAUUUCUUUUAAUUUCUCAAGAAUGCAGAUCCACAGAUAAUAGACAAUUGGUUUACACAGAGGGCGAGGCAGCUGUUGCUGUGUCUCUCCCUUGGCUUCGUGAAAGUUUUGGUUAGGAUGGUGGCAAGCUCCACACGAAACUGUUUUUUAAUUUUUAAGUGAUUUUAUGUUAAAUUUGUACUAUUUAUUGCAUCUAUUUAUUUGGACAUGCAACAAUUUUCCUGAUAAAUUAGGGCCACUGGGAGAAAGGGGCCAUUUUGAUUGUGCAAUUGGAAAAAAAACUAAUUAUUUUUUCAACGCACCGCAUAUUUUAUGAAUGACCUCUAAAUGUAUCCAUCGGUGUGACCUCUGAGUGCCUGUUGCCCGGUGAGGGUGUGUGUGCUCGUGCUCACAAAGGCCAGACACAGAGUUGGCCACACCACCCCCAGGACUCGCCGUGAAGGCCCGCGUUGUCGUAAGAGGCGAAUGGCAAUACAGUGUGAUGUAGUUAGUGAGCUCAUAGGAUUUUUUUACCGUGUCUGUAAUUCUUAAGCUACCCAUUUUUGUAUAGUGUGACUAAAAUUUCUUGAACAUUUUCUCUCUCUCUCUCUCUCUCUCUCUCUCUCUCUCUCUCUCUCUCUCUCUCUCUCUCUCUCUCUCUCUCUCUCUCUCUCUCUCUCUCUCUCUCUCUCUCUCUCUCUCUCUCUCUCUCUCUCUCUCUCUCUCUCUCUCUCUCUCUCUCUCUCUCUCUCUCUCUCUCUUACCUGUGUGAUCAAUUAGUGCAGAGAGUGAAAUGUGAUGUGUGUGUAGCAAUGUUUGGAAGACAUACUCAUCAAUUCAUUACAAUUCAACUUUUUUCUUUAUUUUUUUCUUUAUCUUAUCAUUUCAACUUUUUAUUUUAUUUAUUUUUUAUUUAUUUAUUUUUUUAUUCAUGAUGCAUACCUUCUGUUGUGAGAUUAGGAGUCCUGUCUUCAUUAUUUUCCACCUUGUCCUUGUUUUGCCACUUCUAAACACUUGAGUCCUCGCAGGGAAUGUGUUCUUCAGCUCUUUGUUAGCUUUCCUGCUGCUGCUGAUGCUGCUGCUGCUGCUGCUGCUGUGCUGAUGCUUCAUGGCAGACAAAACUUACCUUGAUAGAUUCUGUAAUGUGCCAACUUGGCAGAGAACUAGAUGAAGAGAUGAGGUAAGAUGUUUUGCUGGGUGGCCUGGAAUAGACAGCAAAGCAUGUUGGAGGCCCUUGUCUUGUACUGAACCUAGAGAAGCUGAUGAUGAUAGUCAUUGUGCUUUUAAUUCUGUAUUUAAUCCACACCGCAGUCAGUGUAGCAUCUCUCAGUAGGGAGCAGCAGAAGCAACAGCAGCAGCAGCAACCAGAUGAAGGCUGAGCAAGACUUAUAGGCAGCUGCCUUCCUUCUUUAGCCCUCAACUGAAGAAGUUAGGGUGGCUGGCUGUCAGACUGGAGGCCGCCACUGGAAGGCCAUGAUCUCCAGUUCCUUCCAUAAAGGUGCAAAUUGCAAUAGAGUACAUACUGUAUAUAUUGUCUGAGAAGCAUUGGAGGACCCUGUAUCUUGAUGGAAUUGAAAUGUGUAUUUUAUAACAAGGAAAACAUUAUUCUAUAGCAAAUUAAAGGAUAAGGUUACAUUUUUCUGUUUGUUAUUGGUUUGUAAUUCAUACGUUGUUGAUUUGCAUGGAAGCCACUUCAAGUCAUGCAGCGCUUUCAGAGAACGCUACUGAGGCGUUAGUGCAAUAUAGAGACGAGAGUGUGUACCUGGAGUCGCAGUGAGGGUGAAAUAUGUUUGUUGCUGUGAGUGUCGUAGCAUUUAAGUGCGAGUGUCACCUCACUGGAUGGUUCCUCGCGUGAAACUGCCACGUACCAUAUUUAUUUAGUUACCCGAACACACCCACUCUUCCCCCCCCCCCUAUCUUCCAUACCUCCCCCAUGCUUCCUGUCCCCCUCAAGUGAUGUGCAUUUCAUGAUAUCUUUGUGACUGACAAUACCCGUUGCACUGGGGACCUUGUUAAAAGCUGGCGGUGGCAUGUUCCUCACUUUUGUAGUGGCACUGACCCUGCGGCCUCUUGGACUCCCAACACCCUCCCUGCCCAGCGUGACCCUGCUUGUGGCCUGGCGUGUUAGUGUUAGUUACCAGCCAACGGUCGGAGAUUCAAGUGCCACUCGUGACCAGAGAUGUAGAGUCAGACGAUGUGAAUGGAGAAAAAGACUUGGUGUGUCUGGAAGGAAAAAUACGGUCUUGUGUUAUAGAAACCAGAGCUUUGGGAACAUAACAAGCACCAGCUCUGUAAAUCUCAAAGUGCCAAAAAGGAAAAGAGAAGAAAAGAAUGGGCAGUUUUUAUUGAGAGUGAUUUGUGCAGCCGACUGACGCCUUAGCGCUCAUCCCCUCUGCUGCUCCUACCGGCAGUCACCGCUGCGAAGGGAUCAGUCUGCCAUGGAGUGUGGCUCACGUGGGGCCACAGUGAAGCUGGUGGCGCUUUUAUAGAUGCUUUUCUGUCUGUCUGUAGGAAUAAUGGACUAGCCUAAGCUUUUUAUACUCACAGUAUUGUAUGGUCGUGUGUCGUCUCCUUAAUACUCCAUCUGUUGUAUGGGGUGCUCGGGACAAGAAAACCUGUAAAUGUGGACCAUUCAGUCUUAUAUUAUUUAUUAUCAUUACUACUUUUGUAAGAGGUCGUUGAGUGUGCAGUUGCAUAGCAAAAGUGCAAAUAGGACAGACUAAUGCACCACUGGGCAGUGAUGGAAGGUAUUUAUCGUGCAUUUUUGUUUUGUUCAUGCCGAGCCCUUUCGUUCAAGACCCCACAGUGCGGUGCACCACCAUUUGGUCGGAAGACGGGAGCCUCUUUUUGUUGUGAGGGUGACCCUGCUUUCGUCGUAAGUGUUAAUUGUUACUUUACGAUAAUCUCUCCUUUCUGAUUUUUGCUCCCUCCAUCCCUCCCUACACGUUUUUCUUGGCGAGACCUCUUGUAUUUCGCCUCCAUCACAUUCGUUAACGAGUGUUGCAGAUUCCUGUCCCUCCUUCCCAUCCCUGACCCACCUGUCUCUUCCCUUCCACCCUCUGCUGUAACUCCACCUGUGUUUUGUUAUGUAGGAUGUAUGUUACCAGUCUUAGGGCUACUUAAAUGUGUAGCUUUAUUUAUAACCUUGUAAGCUUUAAAUUUAAUGUAUGCUUGUCAAGAAAUAGUGUGAAAGUUUUAUGUAACCCAGUAGAUAGAAAUUAUAGUUUAAGAAAUUGUG